AUGAAUUUUUUUGGGAACAAUAAACACCCUCAGUCGACGGGGAACCCUGCGGGCGAUGCCCAGGGGCAUAACGGGUUUUUGCCUAAGUUUGCCUCUCAGACGGCAACUCCAACCAUCGCCAUCAGUUCGCAUUCAUACGCUAUGGGGACUACAGGUGUCACCACCGAGAACGUAAUCUCUCAAAUGAAGCUUAUGAAUGACGAUGACGGCAACUACGACGGUUCUGGUAACGCGGGGCAACACCAGGCACCAUCAACACAACAACAACCAGGUGCAGCGUCUCAGCAGCAAUAUGAAUACCGUGACACCGUGAGGAGUGACCCGAUGGGGCAACAGAACCCAGCAAUAGUGAUAACGGGCCAGAACAAUGGGAGUGACCAAGCGAAACAAAACUACUCGGCAAAGGAAUCCCUCGUGCACGUCUCGAACAGUUACAGGAAUAACAAAACGUUGAGCCAUCGCGAUGCAACUAUAUCUCAGGGCGAUUGUACGGACGUCGCCACAAGAGGACUCUCCACUGCAGCUGCUGGUCCUACCAGCGGGAUACCAAGGGGGAAACUAGAAGUCACCAUCAUCCAAGGUAAGAACAUACUUACCAAGAACGCAACGUCUCAACCUUACGUUGUUUGUACUUUUGAAAGUUCAGAAUUCAUUUCAGAGGGGCCCAAAUCCUUUGAUAAGAAACCUUCGGAGAGGCAACCCAACGACGACCAGACGCACACUACGACCCCAUCUUCAAACUGGGGUGGAUCGCAACUGCCCGCGAUCAAGGAGAACCUGAUAAAGAAGUCGCUAUACACUCAUAGAUCUUCCUCCCAACUAAACCAAAUGAUAGACGAUAACAGCACGGGCGACGACAACACUUUGGAGAGUGGCCACGAUAAUUCUAACCCGAUAUGGCAUCACAAGACAACGUUUGAUGUCCUGGGUGCACACUCGGAGCUGGAUAUUUCUGUUUACGAUGCUGCACAUGAUGACAUGUUUCUAGGCCAGAUUCGGUUGUACCCAGACACAAAAUCGCAGCAAAACUCUACACACAACCAGUGGUACAAACUACAACACCGUGUUGCCGAUGAGAAAAUUGACGGUGAAGUACUCAUCAAAUGGCAUUACCACACCACGAAGAAGAGAAACUAUGGUCCAGAAGACUUUGAAGUGUUAAGAUUACUCGGGAAGGGGACCUUUGGCCAAGUUUAUCAAGUUAAGAAGAAGGAUACAAAGAGGAUAUACGCGAUGAAGGUUCUUUCCAAGAAGGUCAUCGUGAAAAAGAACGAGAUUGCCCACACAAUUGGCGAAAGAAACAUCUUGGUAAUCACUGCAACCAAGUCUUCUCACUUCAUGGUGGGUCUCAAGUUUUCCUUCCAAACCCCUUCUGACCUGUAUUUAGUGACCGACUACAUGUCCGGCGGUGAGUUGUUUUGGCAUCUACAGAAGGAGGGCCGGUUUUCUGAGGACAGAGCCAAAUUUUACAUUGCUGAAUUGGUUCUCGCUUUGGAGUACCUCCAUGACAACGAUAUCGUGUACCGGGACUUGAAACCAGAGAAUAUCCUAUUGGACGCGAAUGGGAACAUUGCGCUGUGUGAUUUUGGGUUGUCAAAGGCUGACUUGAAGGACCGCACCAACACGUUUUGUGGUACAACGGAGUAUUUGGCCCCCGAGCUACUGUUAGACGAGACCGGGUACACCAAGAUGGUUGACUUCUGGUCUCUCGGUGUGCUAAUCUUCGAGAUGUGCUGUGGGUGGUCCCCCUUCUUUGCGGAGGAUAAUCAAAAGAUGUACCAGAAGAUCGCGUUUGGUAAAGUGAAAUUUCCAAGAGAUGUUUUAUCUGCGGAGGGCCGUUCCUUUGUUAAAGGUCUUUUGAACCGGAACCCAAAGCACAGACUUGGUGCGAUCGAUGACGGGAGGGAGCUAAGGGCCCACCCUUUCUUUGCGGACGUGAAUUGGGAAGCUUUGAAGCAGAAGAAAGUGCCUCCACCUUUCAAACCGCAUUUGAACUCGGAGACGGACACGUCCAACUUCGACCCUGAAUUUACUCAGACCUCAACCUCAUACAUGAACAAGCAACCGAUUGCAGCGACUCCAUUGUCGCCGGCGAUGCAGGCACGGUUUGCCGGGUUCACCUUUGUCGACGAAUCGGCGAUGGACGAACAUUACAACAACACUUACAACAACCGCAAGUUUUUGCACAACUCUUACUUCAUGGAGCCUGGCUCGUUCAUACCGGGGAACCCUAACCUCCCCCCGGACGAGGACGUCAUCGAGGACCACGAGGAGGACGACGAGUUCAACAAGAAGAACUGUUCUGACAACGAAGAUAUGGACUACGACGGUGACCAACACAUGGACGACGAGUUUGUCAGUGGCCGGUUUGAAAUAUAG